AUGAAUUUCCCAAUGCUGACCUUCAUUAUCUGUGGGUUGCUAACUCAGGUGACCAAAGCUGGCUGGUCUGAAUCAAAAUGCUGGAAGAAUGAUUUAGGGCACUGCAGAAGACGAUGUUUAGAUGAUGAAAGGUACAUACGUCUUUGUAAGAGCAAGGUAUCAUGUUGCAUUCCCAUAACUUCAUCACCUGUAUACACUCUCAAACCUCUACCUCCCUUGUUCCAUCUAGAGAAUAUAACCAUUGAUUUGAGUGAAUUGACACCUUUUCCUUUAUCGCCAAUGUCCGGGAUAAAUGAUGCAGUAACAUUUAAUGAAAACAAGAUUACAGAAUCCCCAAAUACUUUGACUGUUUCUUCCCAGUCUGUCCCAUCACCUUCUAGGAUACCUCUUGUUGAUUAA